AUGCUGUACGUGCUGGCAUGCUGCGCUGGCAGGCCCAGCAUCCUCGACCCGACCAUCCCCCGUCCGGCCUCGGCAAGCCGGGCCAGGCAGAAGAUAGAGGGCGGGAAGCGCAGCCUGAGCGCAAUCUGGUGCGAAGCGGUCCCGAAGGCGCCUUGGCUUCUUUGGUGCGCGACUGCAGCGGGCCACAGCGGGCUAAUGCGCGGCGAGCGUGCUAGGCAGGUUUCGAGCAGCAGCAGCCUAGGUACUGUAGUAGGCUGGAUGCCAUACGCGUACGAAGUCGUCGUCGGCGCUGACCGCUUUGCCUGCGAGCAAAGCAAGCCGCCAGCCUGCUUGCUCUGGUCGCCGUCGCCGUCGUCGUGA